AUGGCAGACACCAAAGCCGCGACGUAUUCGACCGACCCCGCUCUAUAUAUCUACACAUCUCUUACGGCCGGGUCAUCUCACAUUGUGACGGCUACUUCGCGAUUGGAAACUAUCCUAAGAGCUAACAAGGUACCAUUCAAAGCUCUAGAUAUUGCUAUUGAUGAUAAGGCACGUAUGAUAUGGGGUCGAAGAGCUGGCAAAGAUGCAUCUGGACGAGAUCGUAAGCUUCCCGGUCUGGUACAGAUGGGCAUGGUUCUAGGUGAUCUAGUAGAGAUUGAGGAGUGGAACGAGUAUGGCGAACUGAAACAAAAUGUCACCAUCUACUACGACGACUUCACCAUCCCGCCCAAGAGCCAGGCGCCUCCACCACCUGCCCCUAAAGUUAAGAAGACGAAGAAAGCCGCGGCAUCAACCUCUACCCCUGCGACGGGCGCUUCCGCACCACCACCACCGCCCGCAGCACCUCCGCUACCCGAAAACGACAAGACGAAAGCAGCAACAUCGUCAUCGACAAGUAAAUCCGGAGUAGCAGCCAAAGCAGCUAGCACCGCCGAACCCGUCCGUAGUAUUGCUGAGGAGGCCGCGGCGAAAGCGAAGCAGGUGCAUCUGGAUAGCUUGCGAGCUAAGGUCUACGGGAAGAAAGAUAAGGACGCUAAGGAGACCGAAGAUGUUAAGAAGUCAGAUGACAAAGACGUCAAGGAGAAUAAGGAGGAGCCUAAGGAAGAGCCCAAGGAAGAGCCCAAGGAAACCAAGGAGUUAGAGAGCAAGACUCCCGAGAAGUCAGAAACCGAGGAAAUUAAGAAACCAGAUACCACGGAAGUGAAGGAAGUAAAGGAUGUCAAGGAUGUCAAGGAUACGAAGAAAACGGAUACUAAAGAUACCAAGGAGACCAAGAAAGUAGACACCAAGGAUGCUAAGAAACCCGACAGCAAAGAUGCCAAGAAGACCGACACCAAGGAUGUCAAGAAAGUAGAAAAGAAGGAAACUAAGAAGCCAGACACCAAAGAGGUCAAGAAGCCAGAAACCAAGGUCAUUAAGAAGACGGAUACCAAGGAUGUUAAGAAAUCCACUGCUACCGCCACCUCGUCUAGAGCUAAGGCAGCAGCGGCAGCAACAGUGUCUAAGCCUAAAGUAACGACUUCCAAAGCAACCCCCUCAAAGGCAGCCCCUUCGAAAGCAGCUCCUUCGAAAGCAACUCCUUCAAGGACAAUUCCUUCGAGAGUAACUCCCUCGAAAGCUACCCCUGCCAAGACGAUCCCUAAAACAAUACCGAUCAAGCCUAAGACUACGACUACAUCAUCUAGAACUACUUCCACACUGCCCAAGCCUAAGGCUGCUAUGUCCACACGCUCAGCAGCCGAAAAGCUAAGCAAGCUGAAGCUAUCGGACAAAGAUAAGGAAAUACCGGCAGGCGAAGCGGCCCUGCGGUCGCCGACGGCAGCAUCAUGGCGCGAGACUACCCCGACGGAAGAGGACGUGCUGCGCCCGAUGCUGCAAAGCCCGACAACCGGAUCGUGGAGGGCAGAUGGCACCGGCGCGACUCCCAACAUAACCGAGCUUCUCCACGGUGCCGUCGUGGAGGAGGUGUCUCCCGAAGAAAUCGCCGAGAUCGAGAAGGCCGAGGCGAUUCCCGAGGCGACAAGUUCGGAGGAAGAAGAUAGUGAAGAGGAAGACGAUGACGAUGACGACGAAGAGGAGAAAAAGGAGGGUGAGGACGAAGAGGAAGAAGAAGAUGAUGAAGAUGACGACGAUGAGGAAGAGGAGGAGGAGGAGACGGAUGAGGAAGAAGAAGGCAAGGGAAAGGGAAAAGUUGAAGUCAAGAAAUAA